AUGAGCGCAUUAGCAGCCGCCCGCUAUGGCAAGGACAACGUCCGCGUGUGCAAGGUGCACCGCGAUGAGAAGACCGGUAUCCAGACUGUCGUAGAAAUGACCAUCUGUGUCCUUCUAGAGGGUGAUAUUGAGACCUCUUACACCAAAGCCGACAACAGCGUCGUUGUCGCAACCGACUCGAUCAAGAACACCAUUUUCAUCACAGCCAAGCAGAAUCCCGUAACCCCACCGGAGCUGUUCGGCUCAAUCCUGGGCACACACUUCAUCGAGAAGUACAGCCACAUCCACGCGGCUCAUGUCAAUAUCGUGACCCACCGUUGGGUGCGCCUGGACAUUGACGGCAAGCCGCACCCGCACUCGUUUAUCAAGCCCGGUUCCGAGACUCGCAACGUGCAAGUCGACGUUAUUGAGGGCAAGGGUAUCGACAUCAACUCUUCUAUCAAGGGCUUGACCGUGCUGAAGAGCACCGGUUCCCAGUUCUGGGGUUUCGUCCGCGACGAGUACACUACCCUCAAGGAGACCUGGGACCGUCUCCUCAGCACCGAUGUUGCGGCGAAUUGGCAAUGGCGCCGCUUCACUGGCCUCGCCGAGGUCAAGACGCACUUUGAGAAGUUCAAUGCUGCUUGGGAGGCAGCCCGCGCUAUUACCCUCAAGACCUUUGCUGAGGAUAACAGUGCCUCUGUCCAAGCUACGAUGUACAAGAUGGGAGAGCAGAUUCUUGCUGCUGUACCUCUGCUGGAUACUGUUGAGUAUGCGUUGCCUAAUAUUCACUUCUUUGAAGUUGAUCUCAGCUGGCACAAGGGUAUCAAGAACACCGGCAAGGAUGCCGAAGUGUACGCCCCCCAAUCCAACCCCAACGGUCUUAUCAAGUGCACCGUUGGUCGCGCUGGCCAAAAGGCUAAGCUGUGA